AUGUCUGUACGAGACUCCCAUCGUAGAGAUGAUGAUGAUGAUGGACGGAGAGUGCAGCUGAGUCACAGGAAAGCUACGACAGGAGAGAGCACCCACAGGAGAGCACCCACAGGAGAGAGCACCCACAGGAGAGAGCACCCACAGGAGAGAGCACCCACAGGAGAGCACCCACAGGAGAGCUACGACAGGAGAGAGCACCCACAGGAGAGCACCCACAGGAGAGAGCACCCACAGGAGAGAGCACCCACAGGAGAGAGCACCCACAGGAGAGCUACGACAGGAGAGAGCACCUACAGGAGAGCACCCACAGGAGAGAGCACCCACAGGAGAGAGCACCCACAGGAGAGAGCACCCACAGGAGAGCACCCACAGGAGAGCUACGACAGGAGAGAGCACCCACAGGAGAGCACCCACAGGAGAGCUACGACAGGAGAGAGCACCCACAGGAGAGCACCCACAGGAGAGAGCACCCACAGGAGAGAGCACCCACAGGAGAGCACCUACAGGAGAGAGCACCCACAGGAGAGCACCUACAGGAGAGAACCUACAGGAGAGAGCACCCACAGGAGAGCACCCACAAGAGAGCACCUACAGGAGAGCACCUACAGGAGAGAGCACCCACAGGAGAGCACCUACAGGAGAGCUACGACAGGAGAGAGCACCUACUGUACAGGAGAGAGCACCCACAGGAGAGCACCCACAGGAGAGCACCCACAGGAGAGCACCUACAGGAGAGAGCACCCACAGGAGAGCACCCACAGGAGAGCACCUACAGGAGAGAGCACCCACAGGAGAGCACCUACAGGAGAGAACCUACAGGAGAGAGCACCCACAGGAGAGCACCUACAGGAGAGAGCACCCACAGGAGAGCACCCACAGGAGAGCACCUACAGGAGAGCACCUACAGGAGAGAGCACCCACAGGAGAGCACCCACAGGAGAGCACCUACAGGAGAGCACCUACAGGAGAGAGCACCCACAGGAGAGCACCUACAGGAGAGCACCUACAGGAGAGAGCACCCACAGGAGAGCACCUACAGGAGAGCACCUACAGGAGAGAGCACCCACAGGAGAGCACCUACAGGAGAGCACCUACAGGAGAGAGCACCCACAGGAGAGCACCCACAGGAGAGCACCUACAGGAGAGCACCUACAGGAGAGAGCACCCACAGGAGAGCACCCACAGGAGAGCACCUACAGGAGAGCACCUACAGGAGAGAGCACCCACAGGAGAGCACCUACAGGAGAGCACCUACAGGAGAGAGCACCCACAGGAGAGCACCCACAGGAGAGCACCUACAGGAGAGAGCACCUACAGGAGAGAGCACCCACAGGAGAGCACCUACAGGAGAGCACCUACAGGAGAGAGCACCCACAGGAGAGCACCUACAGGAGAGAGCACCCACAGGAGAGCACCUACAGGAGAGCACCUACAGGAGAGAGCACCCACAGGAGAGCACCUACAGGAGAGCACCUACAGGAGAGCACCUACAGGAGAGAGCACCCACAGGAGAGCACCUACAGGAGAGCACCUACAGGAGAGCACCUACAGGAGAGAGCACCCACAGGAGAGCACCUACAGGAGAGCACCUACAGGAGAGCACCUACAGGAGAGCACCUACAGGAGAGAGCACCCACAGGAGAGCACCUACAGGAGAGCACCUACAGGAGAGAGCACCCACAGGAGAGCACCUACAGGAGAGCACCUACAGGAGAGCACCUACAGGAGAGAGCACCCACAGGAGAGCACCUACAGGAGAGCACCUACAGGAGAGCACCUACAGGAGAGAGCACCCACAGGAGAGCACCCACAGGAGAGCACCUACAGGAGAGCACCUACAGGAGAGAGCACCCACAGGAGAGCACCUACAGGAGAGCACCUACAGGAGAGCACCUACAGGAGAGAGCACCCACAGGAGAGCACCUACAGGAGAGAGCAGAGGUGUGGACUCGAGUCUGA